UUCCCUCUUCUUCUUCUUCUUGGGCUCUUUGCCAUCUUCCCAGCAAAACUGCAAAAGCUCGUCUCUGCUCUAUCACCAGUAUCUCAUGGCGGAAACAAACGCAAGAAAGAACGAAUCCGCUCCUUCAGAGGUGAAAUCACCAAACAUGAUUGAGCGAGCUAAGGAAGAGAUGCAGACUAUGUCUCACCACGACAAAGCUCAUGUCCACGACAAGGAAACCCAUGGAACCAGUGAUGAUAUUGAUGAGACCACCUCGGUUGAUGAAGUUAAGGGACCGGGUGUGUUUGAACGAGUGAAAGAAGAAUUGGAGGCUGUUGUCGGGGCAAUAAUUCAUCCCAAGAAGUGAUGAUUCUGCUGUUGCUUAGAAAUAUUGUUGUAUGAAUUAUGAGGCUUUCACUGUGGACAUUUAAUGGUUUCCUUUAAGCAAAUCCAUGAUGAUGUUGUAUGUUAUUAACCUCUGAGCCUGCAAGCUGCGACUUUGCAGCGAAAAGAUGGGUUUUAUCAAAAAAAUUCGCUAGAAGAAGGGCUUGAACGUUCGACCACACGCUCUAACCAACUGAGCUAUUCCAGCUAUGUGUUGACAAAAUUGAAACAUAGGACAUAUGUGAAUUCAUCUAUGAAAUUUUGUUUUGCCACCC